AUGUCCGCUGAAAUUGACAAGCUACGGCACCUUCUUGCAGAAGAGCAAAGACUUCGUGAAGAAGAGCAGCGCCUCCGGAGAGAGGAUAGGGAGAAUCUCGCAGAGGAACAACGUCUUCGGGCAGAGGAACAACGUCUUCGAAGGGAGGACCAGGAGAAGACAUCUAAAACCAGCCUUCCCACAUUUCUUGACGGUCUCCAUAAUCACCUGUUUCUUGGGCUUGAAGUUCAGCAGGAUAAGACUCAAUCCACGCGUGGAGAUCCCGCAAAUGCGACCAACAAACUUCGCCCCAGAAAACUUAAAGCCUGGGACUCCUUCACGAAGGAACAAGAGGAGAUUUGGCGAUUGCUGAUGGAUUCUUCGCUUGUCGAAAAAAGACUGUUUACUUCUCUCCACACUUUGAAAGAAACAGGAGAGAGCAUUCGGCGGCAGUUUGUUGGCUCGGAACUUGACCUUAACCAUUUCCUUCGCCAAACUGUUGAGGAACACGUCUCGAAAAUAAUCGAAGAACUCUACGGUGAUCCAGCACUGCGACAAACGUUUGGGUUGAGAGGGUCGAUACGAUUUGAGAAUCAUUCUAAUACUUUGAGCCCCGAGUGGGAACUCGAGGAGGGAAUGCAGAGUAUUGAUCUUCGUGGUCGGACACGACGGCGUUCCCCGCGUUUGGCUGCCCGGGAGCAAAGUGCAUCGAGCACCGCAGCGACGCGUGGCCCGCGAACUCCACCUCCAGCGCGAAACAACAGGCCUCGUGCCGAUCAGUUCUGCGUCUACAACAUUCCCAGUCAAUCGUCCGAAUCGAUCCAUCGCGUUGCAGCUUAUAUCAAGGAGUACAAAUCCCCGCACAAGGUGACACUAGGCCACAUUUAUGAAGGGUUGGAGGAUAUGGACAUCGAUGAAGUGGUUGAGCAAAAAGAAGACGAGCCUUCAAAAGCUCGGUUCCGUCGUGCGAUCGCUGGGCUUCUCGUGCAGCCACAUGACUACAUGGUUCGUGCUGGGACGGAAAUGGGAGUGCUGAGUACUGGCGAAGCUGAUAUCUACCUGCGGAUUGGGGAAGAACCUGGGACGCUUUUGUACCACCUCUCUGUUCCGAAAGGAGAUGUUGGGGAGUUCACUGGCUGGGAUCCCCAUCUGGGCGGCCCUAAUCGUCUGCAUUUGACCUCCGUGGGGCAAUCUCUCGCUUUCACUCUCCAGGCGCUCAAGUUGCGGCCUCGGAACCAGGCUUGGAGGCAUCACGCAAUCAACUCAUUACCAAAGUGGGAAGUGGUAGUCGCGGAUAUCUUGGACAGCAUCCCGGAUGAGGAGGUGCCGAGUUCCGAAUAUCGCCCUCCGCGGACGAAUGGAUUUCUUCGAAUGUCGCCGAUACAAUUACGUCGCAGGCGAAACAAUUCCAGUCUUGGUGCUUGCCAAUCAAGCGACACACAGCGCGAUGCGGACGACGAUCAUCCUGACCCCGAUACGCCGAGCCGAGAUCCACGGAACUAUCGGGAUAUCGGACGAAGAAAGCCACCAGCGACUCAUUCAGCACCCGCAGCAACUACAGAUCGGUCCUCGGGAGAGAACCGUCGCUAUUACUGCACGUUAAAAUGCCUACGUGGAAUGGUGAAUGGGGGCGAGCUAGAUCAGACUUGCCCCAAUGUCCUCGAUCAUGGAAAAACGCGCCAUGUCAUCAAUGCAAGAGUUUUCGUCAAACGGUUGCAGCGUCAAUUAUCUGAGACCGUUAAUGCAGAUUGCGAAGUACUGGGUAUACACGGUUCCCGGGGUGCUCUUUUGAAAGUCACACUGUCAUCGCACGGAUAUACUGUGCCUGCAAAAUGCACCGUACCGGAAUUUGUGGAACAAUUUCGGCACGAAGCUGCUGUAUACGCCAGACUUCGUUCAAUCCAGGGUUUAUACAUUCCUCUCUACCUCGGAAGCAUCGACUUGGCUCAUCCGUACAGCUACGACGGUAUCGCAUAUCUCAAGCACAUGAUGCUUUUGAGUCCGGGUGGGCAGCCUCUCGAUUUGGCACUCAGGGAAAUGAGGCAAGACUCCUUAAUAGCCAAGAUAAAAGAGUCGCUCUCACAGAUGCACCGCCUUAAUGUUGUCCACAAAGACCCGGCGCCGCGGAAUUGGCUCUACAAUCCAGAAAGCAACAAGGUUGUCUUUUUUGACUUUGAAAGGGCUGAAAUCCUUAAUUUGCGGCCGAUUCUGGGAGCAAUCUCACCAAAUCGCAAACGAAAAUGUAUAUCCCGUGAUGGGUUUGAUAAAGCGCUGUCCGAGACAAGGUUUACGAGAGAAAUAAACAGGGCAGUGCAGGAGUUGCGAGGUUGGAAACAUUGA